UGCGCGAAUCUAAAUUGCCCCAGUACACCUGACAAUGUGAGCUUUGACGUUGCCGGCGUUGCGUGGACGUCGUUGGAAACCCCUAGGGAUGGGUUCACAUCGUGGAAAUCCAGACGCCCAAAAGAGGCCUCCAAAGGGACUUCCACGGAACGCAAGCCUUGCGAGGGAGUGACCUCCCGUUCGCCAUUCUCCCAUCCGAUGCGGCUGUGUCUCAUUAGCCGAUCGCUGACCACAGGCCAUCCACGGGCAGCUCAGCGCGCAGUCUUGCCAAGGCUCGGUCAUCUGGCAGUCUUUCACAGUGAAUACCAGGCAAUCGCCGAUAUGUUUCCAAGUCAUGGAGUCACGCCUGUGUCCCGAGCGGCAGUCUCCAUUCACUCGCAUCAGGCUCGGUUUACGUGCAUCGGGCUCAUCGUGCUGUCGCAGCUGGUGGUGAUCACAACAGCGAUGCUCAAGCGCACCCGAAGUCAUCGAGGGUUGCCGCAGCGGCUACAUGAGAGCGCCAGCGCGGCCGAGCGCUCGAUGCCUCCGUCAGCGCAGCUGCACAACACUACCUCACGUGGCGGGUUGCCGCAGCGGCUACAUGGGAGCGCCAGCGCGGCCGAGCGCUCGACGCCUUGGUCCGCGCAACUGCGCAACACUACGUCACGUGGCGGUUUGCCGCAGCGGCUACGUGGGAGCGCCAGCGCGGCCGAGCGCUCGACGCCUUGGUCCGCGCAACUGCGCAACACUACGUCACGUGGCGGGUUGCCGCAGCGGCUACGUGGGAGCGCCAGCGCGGCCGAGCGCUCGACGCCUUGGUCCGCGCAACUGCGCAACACUACGUCACGUGGCGGGUUGCCGCAGCGGCUACGUGGGAGCGCCAGCGCGGCCGAGCGCUCGACGCCUUGGUCCGCGCAACUGCGCAACACUACGUCACGUGGCGGGUUGCCGCAGCGGCUACGUGGGAGCGCCAGCGCGGCCGAGCGCUCGACGCCUCGGUCCGCGCAGCUGCGCAACACUACGUCACGUGGCGGGUUGCCGCAGCGGCUACGUGGGAGCGCCAGCGCGGCCGAGCGCUCGACGCCUUGGUCCGCGCAACUGCGCUACACUACGUCACGUGGCGGGUUGCCGCAGCGGCUACGUGGGAGCGCCAGCGCGGCCGAGCGCUCGACGCCUCGGUCCGCGCAGCUGCGCAACACUACGUCACGUGGCGGGUUGCCGCAGCGGCUACGUGAGAGCGCCAGCGCGGCCGAGCGCUCGACGCAUCGGUCCGCGCAGCUGCGCAACACUACGUCACGUGGCGGGUUGCCGCAGCGGCUACGUGGGAGCGCCAGCGCGGCCGAGCGCUCGACGCCUCGGUCCGCGCAGCUGCGCAACACUACGUCACGUGGCGGGUUGCCGCAGCGGCUACGUGGGAGCGCCAGCGCGGCCGAGCGCUCGACGCCUUGGUCCGCGCAACUGCGCAACACUACGUCACGUGGCGGGUUGCCGCAGCGGCUACGUGGGAGCGCCAGCGCGGCCGAGCGCUCGACGCCUCGGUCCGCGCAGCUGCGCAACACUACCUCACGUGGCGGGUUGCCGCACCGGCUACGUGGGAGCGCCAGCGCGGCCGAGCGCUCGACGCCUCGGUCCGCGCAGCUGCGCAACACUACGUCACGUGGCGGGUUGCCGCAGCGGCUACGUGGGAGCGCCAGCGCGGCCGAGCGCUCGACGCCUUGGUCCGCGCAACUGCGCAACACUACGUCACGUGGCGGGUUGCCGCAGCGGCUACGUGGGAGCGCCAGCGCGGCCGAGCGCUCGACGCCUCGGUCCGCGCAGCUGCGCAACACUACGUCACGUGGCGGGUUGCCGCAGCGGCUACGUGGGAGCGCCAGCGCGGCCGAGCGCUCGACGCCUCGGUCCGCGCAGCUGCGCAACACUACCUCACGUGGCGGGUUGCCGCACCGGCUACGUGGGAGCGCCAGCGCGGCCGAGCGCUCGACGCCUCGGUCCGCGCAGCUGCGCAACACUACGUCACGUGGCGGGUUGCCGCAGCGGCUACGUGGGAGCGCCAGCGCGGCCGAGCGCUCGACGCCUUGGUCCGCGCAACUGCGCAACACUACGUCACGUGGCGGGUUGCCGCAGCGGCUACGUGGGAGCGCCAGCGCGGCCGAGCGCUCGACGCCUCGGUCCGCGCAGCUGCGCAACACUACGUCACGUGGCGGGUUGCCGCAGCGGCUACGUGUAGCGCCAGCGCGGCCGAGCGCUCGACGCCUCGGUUCGCGCAACUGCGCAACACCGAAGGAGACGCUGGGCCGCGGCGACGACCCGUGCGACAACCUGUACGAGCACGUGUGCUCGGGAUGGCUGUUGCGGCUGUCGGGGAAGCUGCUCAAAUUGCGCCUGGCAGAGCGCAGGGUCUCGAUGGCUUCCAACAAGGCAGACGGUGCCACCAAGUGGACAGUUCUGUGACGGCACCGCCAUGUUUACUCUGACGCCAGCCAAGCUGCGCCGAGUAGGGCCACGACUGCAAAGGUGUCUGGGCAGCUCCUGCUUUGCGGCGUGCGCGGAGAUUCGCAGGAUGUGCGCAGCGUUUCAUCCGCCGUUUCUGGCUGAACGCGCUACUUAGCCACGUCGACACGCUGGCUUCAUCACGCUCGAUUCGCCGGCGUGCAUCUCCCGUGCAUAACUGCUGGAUGAUCAAAUUUGUUUAUCGACUUGAAUGCAGGUGUUAGCGUAAUUUAAAAUAAAUUCAGCUCAUCUAUCGAAUCAGCUAGCCUUUUCUUUCCUAAUACAUAAAUACUUGAAGUAGUGUCUCCUACUUCCCCGUGCCCCCGUGCCUGCGAGUCCAGCUUUACCAGGAUGCCACUUGUCCAAGCCAUCGGGCGUCAGGAGCAAUCCAAUGCUGGCCUGGACUCUGUGUGCGCCAUCGCUCCUUCCAGCCUAACUGUCCGUUUCCCUGUUUCGUAUGUCCAAGGCCAGAGGCUACGUCGCCGCAAUCCGGCCAAGUGGAGGACAGCUCAGGACCGGCUCAUUUGUCUUAAUUGCCGUCGGAUUGGUCACGUCGCCCGCUGUUCAGCCCUAUGCUCCUAACCGGCGUCCUUCUGGCCACCCAUGCAGGCCGCUUCCAGCCUUACCACGAGUCACCUCGGGACAAAGGUGGUGACGCUCCGACGAUAUCGUACCAUCGUUCGCCAUCUCCGCAUGGUCACCAUUGACGUUCGUCCUUGUCUCGUCGCCUCUAGUGAGUGUGCGAAUGGUAUUAGCUUGUUCAGGACCCCACGAAGUCCAGGCCAGGCGCGUGAGGUGGCUCGUGGUGGCGCGUGGUGUCCUCUGUCCUCUGUCGUCUUGUCCGUGUCAAUCCAGCGCUAUGACUCCAGUUGAUGCAACUGACCAACUAGCCCAAAAAUCUACACUCCUGUUUGGCAGCUGCCAAGCGCACCCUCCCGCCAAAUGACGUCACCAGGGGAGAGCACGGCGCAACAUGUUUUCGAAAAGGUCCAUUCCAUUAAGUGCAUGUGAGAGCUACAGGUUGCGUCUGCGUACCAAGAAAAACCGGAAGUGCUUCCCUCGGGGUGACGCCGACGCGGUGGAAGUUUCACGAAAGGAUCUGUACCGCAACAGGCGAGCGCCCCCCUUUCGCUCUUCAGUUAACACAGCACGCACUCGUUACAUUGGCGCUCCCGUCUCCUAGAUGGCACAAGGAAGGUGCACUUCGACCCACGACGUCAUGCUAGCUUACACGGCUGCCGUAGAAUGGGAAUACUGCAGAGUAAGUCGCGGUGAUUUUUGACAUCGCUUUUGUCAUGCGGGCUUGGCAAUGGCUAUUGCGAUCCACGUAGCGUGACGUCAUAAAGCUGAGGCCUGUGCUGCGCCGUGUUAAGCAACAGCUUUUAUCGUGGUGACGUGGAUGCUGGGCUGGCGUCACGACGUGCGAGAAGGGGAACCGGAACAGCCAGGAGAGCAGCGUGGAACUUUUUCUUUUUUUUUGCCGCACACAGCUGCC